AUGGAGUGCACCGACAAAGAAUGCCUCGCUUGUGUGACUUUUCAAUUAACGGGGCCCGCAGAUUUUUGGUGGGAUACCAAGCUAAGGACCAUGAACCCUGAACAUCAUGAAGCGCUUACUUGGGAGAUAUUCAAGGAAGAGGUGUACAAUAACUACGUUCCCAUGAGCUAUAGGUCAGCAAAGGUAGUUGAAUUCCAUACUUUGAAGAAAGGGAAUAUGACGGUGACAGAGUACGACCGUGCACUGUGUGAAAUUACUCGAUAUGCUCCCGAGUUGGUGGAUACAGAUGAGAAAAUGGCAGAAAAGUUUCGUGCUGGUCUCAAGAACGAAGUAAGAGUAGCAGUGGCAAGUCGCAGAGGACUUUCAUAUUAUGAGAUUUUGGCUUGUGCAUUAGAUGUGGAAGAAGCGUUGCCUAAGGAGAUGACAGUAGCAAAUACUACACCAGUGCCACUUCAACAACAUAAUUCCAGAGAUAAGAGGAAGUGGGAUGGAGAUCGGACUCCAUAUGAUAACAAGAGGCAGCAACCCAUCAGAAACCCGCCGCAGUACGGAGCUAGGCAGAGUGCUCCCUAUCAGAGGGGUGACUUCCGGCCUAGAGCCCCCCAGUGUGCUAAGUGCUUUAAGAACCAUUUUGGGGAGUGCAGAGAAAAGAGCAAUAAAUGUUACACUUGUGGUGGAAAUGGCCACUUCUCAAGAGAAUGCCCGAGUAAGAUUAUGGGAAUGGGAGCAGGACAGAGCAAUCAAGGGUUCCGUCCGCAAGUGCGGGCACUACAAGCCGAACCGAGGGGAUACUUACCCGCACCACAGCAGUAG